UCGGCUGAUGAAGUGCGUCAGCAGGUUUGCACUCUUCAUCGUUGGGGGCGCUACUUACCUGCUGGUACUAGUUUUCAUGUUGGUCUGGGACCCUGACCAGGGCAGAUUGUGGCAUCUCGUUCUGAUGGCUGUGGCGGUUGGCUUUGCGAGAGCAAGCAUUGCUACGAUAAGCUCAACUCUUUUGGGAAUGCUGUUUGUAUGUCAACAAGAGGCAGCGUUCGGCAAUCUGUGCUUCUGGCAGUCCCUGGGCUCCGCCGCCAUAUUGGCCCUUGGUAUCCCACAAUCCAUGUGUGCCUACCACGUGAUCUCAAUCGUCAUAUGCAUCCUCGUGUUCGCCCUGGGCAUGUACUGUUUGCUGGAGCUGCGAUUGAAGCGAGAGCGGACACCAGGCGAGAAGAAGCCUGAGAAGGAGGCUGAGGGGAAAGAAAUGACGACAGAAAUGUUGGCUAUUGCAGAGCCGACCAACAACGAAAUAUCAAUCGACUGCUGA